AUGACGUCCACUAUACCGACAUUGGUCGCAAGGGCGACCGAAUCAACAGACACGAUCACGACGAUGCCCAUGUCAACUAUCUUCACUACCCCCGCCUCAUGCUCGAACUCGUGGACAUUCGAACCAGAGGGUGCAAACGAUGUCCCAAAUGGUAUCCUAAUUCAAAAUGCCGUCGCGAGCGACAAUGCCGAUCCUGCAUGUUUCCCCUCCGGAUUCAGUCAGUAUGAAAGAAUCAAACCAACUCUCGCGUAUAGCCCAGGCUAUUGUCCAGGCGGAUACACCUCGGCCGAUUUAGUGAUUCAUAAUCCGGUGACCACCGCCAUGUGCUGUCCCUCCGACUUCUCCUACCACGAAGAAGAUAGGGGCCGCUCGACAUUCGCCGGAUGUAUAAGCAGUCUGCCUAGUUCAUCAUCGACCAUUGUCACCGUCCGCCAGGUCGAAUCCGAGAGCACACAGGUCAUCGGCCCCAUCACGAUGUGGGCACAACCCAUCCAAAUCCAGCUACAAGCUUCUGACGAAAGCCUUUUUGUCUCUGCCACUACGACCACAUCGUCCGAAACCUCACCAGGGAGCAGCGCAACACCAACACAAACGGGUCCAGCAGACCCAACUACCUCAGACACAGACACGGGGACAGAGUCAAGCGGCCUGUCUACAGGAGCAAGCAUCGGCAUUGGCGUCGGUGUCGGCGUAGCAGGACUCAUUGUAAUCGCCGCGCUGGCAUUUUGGCUAUUCCGUCGACGACAGAACAAAGCAAAGAAGAGCUUACCGGACACAUUGUCAUCCGGAGGGAGCCGCCCUGAAGCCAGCGAGCUCGGGGGGAGCACUCAAUUCAGUCCCAACCCGUCAUACCAACGCCCAGAACAUGCGACACCAAGCGAGCUUGGGGGCUCACAGGAGGGGACUUCUAGCAACGCGGCCAACACGCAGACGACUGAUCCUUCUGAACUUGAGGGAAAUCCCGGUCACAGGCCCGUACAUGAACUUGGUGCUUAA